AUGCACAAGAACUUUGUUGCCGCCGCUGCUCUCCUCAGCGCCGUGGCUUCGGGCACUCCCGUUCACAAGCGAGAUGUCAUCGGAGCUCUUCCCGAGGGCGCCGACCAGCUCGAGCUCAAGUUCCAGCCUCACCUCGACUUUGACUCUGAUGGCUGCUAUCAAACUUCUGCCAUCGACCCCAACGGCAACGUCAACCCUGGCCACGGAGCCACUGGUACCCCUCAGGGCGAUUGCCGUGACCCUCACCAGCUGGAGAACAGCAACACCUACUCUCGCAAGCGCUGCAACAACGGCUUCUGCGCUGUCAUGUAUGAGUACUACUUUGAAAAGGACCAGGCUGUAGGCGGCAGCUUCCUCGGCGGUCACCGCCACGAUUGGGAGAACAUCGUCGUCUUCACCCAAGGCGACAACGUCGUCCGCGUGGCUCCCUCCUGCCACGGCAAGUACGACGGCGCCAGCAACCAGUUCCCCAUCGACGGCAGCAGCCCUCUCCUCGUCUACCACAAGGAUGGUGCCGGCACCCACUGCUUCCGCUUCGCCAACGACGAUGACCGCAACAACCCCGAGAACCCCACCGGUUCCUUCUUCCGUGCUCCUCUUGUCGGCUGGGACAACUGGCCUGAUGUUGGUCUUCGCGACAAGAUGCUCCAGAACUGGAGCGGUGGUGUUGGUCCCAAGCUUGAUGAUGAGUUUGGUAACUCGCUGCAGGCUGCUGCUGGUGAUGGUGUCCAGGGCUUUGACCCAUUCACUGACUCUUAA